CCCCCUGCCGCCGGGACGUGCCGGGCUGGCGGCGACCGAGCGAGGCCCCGGCGUCCGGCGCUCACUUCCGCGUCCCGCCGCCCUCGGCCCGCGCGCCGCCCGCCGCCUGCGCCGCCGCCGAUCGGACAAUAGGCCGCCCGCCCGGGGCCCGGGAGCUGCCGCCGCCGCCGGCCGCCGGGGCCUCCUGCUCGGCGGCCCGGACCAGCCCCGCCGCCGGGGAGCCGCGGGCGCCGAGCCCGGGACCUACCUGCGCCUCCGGCCUCCCCGCGCCGCCGGCCCGCUGCGCCCCGGACCCGCCGCGGCUGCUGCCGUGCGGUGCGUUUCCGAGUUUGGUUCAAGAGGAUGUGACUUUGGUUUGUGUUAUUUUUUUCUUUUAACUUUUAUGAUUUGAGAAAGAGAAAACUGCAGAGUAAGUCGGGACAGGGAAGCGCCGCCGUCGGAUCCCACGUGGACACUUCCGAGGGGAGAAGAAGUUGCAGGAGAACUUGGUGUCUCUUGGCCUUGGCGAGGCCUCGACGUGGGCUGGACUCUGAGGCCUGGCUGGGGCCAUGACUCUCACUUUGGGCAGGUGGAGGGUUUUCCUUGUUCUGGGCUGGACUUGAGCUCCCUGUUCUUGCUCCCCCACCCCGCCCUCCACCCCAAACACACACAUACACACACACACACACACACACACACACACUACCCGGCGCCCUGCCUAGGCCUUCACACCCGCCACCAACAUGGACAAGUACCAGGACUUGGGCCUGGAGGCCAGCAAGUUCAUCGAGGACCUGAACAUGUACGAGGCCUCCAAGGACGGGCUCUUCCGAGUGGACAAGGGUGCGGGCAACAAUCCGGAGUUUGAGGAGACCCGCCGGGUGUUUGCCACCAAGAUGGCCAAGAUCCACCUCCAGCAGCAGCAGCAGCAGCAGCAGCAGCUCCCGCAGGAGGACACCCUGCCCCGGGCUGGCCGAGGGCCUGUCAGCGGCGGGGGCCGCCCGGGCCUGCAGGCCCCUCGGGAAGCCGGUGCGGGCAGUCGGCUGACCAUGGACGGUGCUGCCAAGCCCCCUCUGGCGGCCUCGACGGGAGCUCCUGGGACAGCCACCGCCGUCGCCGCUGGGCAGCCCUCAUACCCGGCCCAGGAGCAGAAGGCCAGGCCGUACGCCCCCGCGAGGCCUGGCAGCCAGGACUGUGCUUCCAAGGAGGGCCUGGCCGGUUCUGGUUCCGAGGUGUCUGCCGGCCACUGCGAGGACCCUUCCUGCCUCACCCAUGGAGACUACUACGACAACCUCUCCGUGGCCAGCCCCAAGUGGGGUGAAGAACCCGGAGUGCCCCCCGGCAUCAGGCUGGGUGGAGGGACGGGGUGGCCGGGCGCCCCGGGCGGUGACCCGUCCCCACCCACGCCCUCCAGGGACCCUUACCUGUACCAGCCGCAGCUCUCCCCCAGCUCCCGCCGGGCGUUUGAGAGCGGCCUGGAUGGCGGCCGUCAUGGCCGAGGCAGUGAGAAGCCAGCGGGUGCUUGGACCCCUGCCUCCUCCCAGUGGGCACGUCCUGGCCUUCCCUCCCCAGGCCUGGAGAACGGGGCCCUCCUGGGCCCCGCUCAGCCCCGAACCCCCUUUUCGGGGAGCUGCCCCAGUCAGGGAGCGCUUCCGAAAACAAACUCGGGGGCACGGAGUGAGGUUUCGGGCACCAUGCCCCGACCGAAUGCGCAGCCUCAGUCCUGGUUCCAGGAUGGGCCCACAUCCUACCUGUCUAGUUCCGGGCCCUCCUCUCUGCCCGCCAGCAUGGACCGUCUGCAGCUGGACGCCGCCCCGGGGCUGGGUCCCCAGCCUGGCUGCGCAGACCCUGGCGCCGGUCCCAAGCUCGGCCCCGUCGGCCGCGGCCAUCCGGCGAUGUCCGCCCCACUGGAGUCAUCUUGCAAAGAAGGUCCCCCUGGCUGGCCUUCUGAGGGUGGCCUGGGGCCCGUGCUCCCCGAGAACCCCAGCGCCCGCAGCGUGAGGCUGCCCUGCCAGACCCUGGCCCCGGGGCCCGAGCUCGGGCCCUCGACGGCCGAACUGAAGUUGGAAGCCCUCACCCAGCGCCUGGAGCGGGAGAUGGAUGCUCACCCGAAGGCCGAUUACUUCGGUUCCUGCGUGAAAUGCAGCAAAGGGGUGUUUGGGGCCGGCCAGGCCUGCCAGGCCAUGGGGAACCUGUACCACGACGCCUGCUUCACCUGUGCAGCCUGCAGCCGGAAGCUGAGAGGAAAAGCCUUUUAUUUCGUCAACGGCAAAGUGUUUUGUGAGGAGGACUUCCUGUACUCCGGCUUCCAGCAGUCAGCUGACCGGUGUUUUCUGUGUGGCCACCUGAUCAUGGACAUGAUCCUGCAGGCCCUGGGGAAGGCCUACCACCCGGGCUGCUUCCGCUGUGUCGUCUGUAACGAGUGCCUGGACGGCGUGCCCUUCACCGUGGACUCGGAGAACAAGAUCUACUGUGUCCGCGAUUACCACAAGGCUCGGAUGAGACCAUCCGCGUCGUGUCCAUGGACAGAGAUUACCACGUGGAGUGUUACCACUGCGAGGACUGCGGCCUGGAGCUCAACGACGAGGACGGCCACCGCUGCUACCCGCUGGAGGACCACCUCUUCUGCCAGCCCUGCCACGUCCAGCGGCUGGAGAAAGGGCCCUCGCCCGCAGCCCUGCACCAGCAGCACCAGCAGCACCAGCAGCACCUCUUCUAGCCGGAGCCCCAGCCCGAGGGGCGGGGAGAGGCCCGGGUGCCUGUGGAUUCUGGGAGUGGAGGUGGAGGUGGGGGUGGGGGUGGGGGUGGAGGAGGCGUGGCCAGCGAGUGCCCGCGCACAUGCCUGGGGCCCUAGGCUUGCGACCCUGCCCGCCUGGGGUGUGUAUUUCCCCGAGGGCCUGCGUCCGAUCGCUCAGGAAGAUGCUAGGACCCGGUCCCAUCACAGGGCAAGGUGUGCACGGAGCGUGAUUCAUAAGAUCUGGGGGGGCGGGGAGAGGUUCCCGCUGCCGAUGCAUCCAUCCAACCCUUCCUCUCCCUCCAGGGAAAUAGUGCCCCCCAUGUCCCCCUGCACACGUACAUGCUCAGAGUGAUUUUGGGCUUCCUUCCGCCCCAGAGCUGCGUUCAGCAGAAGGGCUGCAAAUUUUAACUGGUUGAGGCGAGAGGGGAAGCCCAAACACGAGAGCCAGUGCCGAAGUAAGCGAGGCGGGGCGCCCUCCUGCCCCCUGCCCCCUGCCCCCCGCCCCCUGCCUGCAUUUUGUGUGCCCGACAGAUCUGCGCAGCCAGGGAGGGGGCGCUGGCGGAGACCUGCCCCGCCCUAGACUCUGCCCCCGGGACAAAGAACUUGGUGCGGGCACCAGGCCUCUUUGCCCACCCUUUGCCCUUUCCCCUCUCCGGCGCUCUCCAGGGUCUGUGAUUUGGGAGUCGCUUCUGCAGAGGCAGGUCCUCGGACCCCGCAUGCCUCUACGGCUCAGGGAAGGCUGGGCUUCUGGAAGUCCUGCGUCCUGAGAGCCAGCGAUAGAUCCUCCCAGCCCCUUGUCCGCCAGGAGUGUGUGUGUGUGUGUGUGUGUGUGGCCUCUAAGCCCGGGCGGUGGAGGGCGCGCCUGAGGAUAAGUUAUUAGUCAUGGCACGGGUUUCUCUCUGGCCCCCCUUUUGGCACCGGCAUUAUUACAUUGGAAGGAACCGAUAUUAGGUACAGAGCUUUUGUCUCUCUCUUUUCCUCUUUUAACUGUUUCCUCCACUUUCAGUCUUCCACACACACACAACAUACCUCACAGACACGGGCAUCCCCACGUCGCAGGUAGAGGAGGACGUGGACCGUGGCCAUGGGCUCAGGGACCUUCUUUGGUGCCUUAGGAACAUCCAGCUUCUUGCCGGCCGCUCUCCGGUGGGCCCGGGCCCUGGGACCCUAAGCAAGGGCCAGCAGGGAAGAGAUGGAAAACUGGGUGCUACUGCCUUACUUAUUUCAUCAUGCUGGCUCCCGGGAGUGGCCAGGCCUGGAGGGCCACACCCUGGCAAGUUUCCAAGGCAACGUCUGAACGGAGGAGGCAGGGUUUGCCUUGCAUGUCACAGUCCUGAGGCCCGAGGUCAGGAUCCCUGGGCAUUUCGAUAGGAAGAUACAUACAUACGUUCCUGUUGGUAAAAGGUUUGGGGGGCAUUCGCCCUCUCAGCCUGCGGAGAGGGCCCCGGAGCCUGGAGCACUGGGACCAUCUCACCACGGCCGGCCGGGCACGGCAGCUGGCGUCUGCUCUCUGCCUCCUCACCUGGCACCCCGAGCUCGGGAUUGGGGCCGAGGAGGCUGGUCAGUGGAGCCAUUCUGGGACUCCCAGAUGUUCCCCCUGGCCCAGCUUCCCCCGCGGGCCAUGUUUUUGACUCAUCCGGUAGCAGUUGUCUGUAAGACGCAAGAAUUGACGCCAUGGGUGGUUGCACAGUUUUGUGAAAUGUAUUCUGCUGGGGUCCUUUGGCCAGAUGCCACUUCUAGGCUGUGUGCUGUCUGUCCUUGGUUCUUUCUCAUAAGCUGAGCCUCCUGGAAACCUGUGAAUGAGUGGGGUUGGGGAAGGGACCCCUGGGGUCACACCCCUCUCUUCCCAUCAAGUCCUCCAGCUGAGCCCGGGCAAGGCUGUGGGCAGAGGAAGCCAGCCAAUGCGUCUCAGCCGCCUUUGCCAACUCACGGAUGUUUCUGGCCCCGAGGACUCACCUUUGUUCCACUUUCGAGUCCAGCGGGAGUAGGAGGUGUUUGUUUGCAAAUUGGGUAACUCGUUAGUUUUAUCUGUGAUUCAGUUUUUUUAAAUGAGAUUUUUAAAAUAGACUGCAUUGGGGUGAUUCAGAUCUCGCGGUCAAUAUGGCAUUAUUUUAUUAUUAUUAUUGAAGAACAAUGAGAAUUCCCAGAUGAGACAUGAGCAGCAACCUCUCUCGUGAUCCGCGUCCCCCCGUUUUUCUCUCUCCUGCUCAGGCCUUUGCACGUAAGCCACGAGGAGAUGUUCGCCUACCCGGUUAUUUUAAACACUCUGUACGUUAUUAGCCACGUGGACCUGUCAUGAGGUUGUGCUUAGAGAGAAAACAAGCGCCUGGCAGACCAGGAUGAAUACGUUGGCUGUAAAAGGUAGAGCAAACAGCCCUUCCCUGGUUCCCUAGACAGCUCUUUGACGUUAGCCUGAUUCCAGACCCCAGCGCCAGCCUUCUCCCUUGCCUCAUUGCCCUUUCAUUUUCCCCCCCUUCUUUUUCUUGCUUCCUACUGCCCCUCACCCACCCCCUCAGGUAGGGCCUUUCAAAACCUGCCUGGGUGGUCGAAAGGCGAGUAACCCAGGUUGGCCGCUCUGUCAGGAGUCUCUGCCUCUGGUGUUUCCUAUCUGUCACUGAGUAAAGAGUGAUUUGUUCAUCUCUCACCAUGGGAGGGCCUUUAGUCCUGUCCCUGCCACUGCAAGGGCCCUGGCCCUGCCCCCACAGGACUUUCCUUGCUCCUCGGUCAGUGCUGGAGUGACAGGCUCUUUCAGUUGAGUCCUGAGGUUGCUCCAUUGGGUCCUGCAUGGUGGGAGGGAUUGUCACCAAGUUCCAACACCUGCAAGGGCUGCCGUCACCUUGUUUCCUUGGGCUUGGGUCACACUUACAAAAGGGAAAACAGAAAUGUUAGGACUGGAGAAUUACCCACAGUCCUUUGCAGGCCAUCUCUCUGUGUGUGUGUGUAUGUGUGUGUGAGUGUGUGUGUGAAAGUGAGAACUGUGAGGGCUGCUGACUCACUUGCAAAGAAUGUGUGCGAGACUCGCCCCCCAAACCAUGGUUGCUUGGUGCCGUUGUUAAUAAGACCCUGUCUGCCAGGAAACCAAAUUCUUUGUACUCUCCUUUGUGCUGCGAAUGGUCCUAAUUUCCCAGUUACUAUUUGAAGUAACUUUCUGAAGUUAACAGAUAAAAAAUGAACAACAGAUGUUGGCUAUCUAUUGUUCUGAGCCAGAACAGGACAGAUGUGGGAAAUUUCCAUUGAGAGUAUGAAAAUGUCAACUGUGCAGUGAAAAUUAUUUUUCUCGGUCUCUUUUCUACAAAUUUAUUAAAAAUUUUACUGUUCCUAUGAAGUUAUGCACAAUGUUGUUCCUGUAAAAUUAUCCCAGGUUUCACUGUUCCUAUAAAAUGAUUUAACAUGUCAUAACAAUAAAACUCAUCAAUUUGUAGACCAUUAAAGUGCUCUUCAAC